GCUUUUCCAAUCACCUCAUUUCUAUUUCAUCUGUCUGCUCCCUCUAAACUUCAAUGAACUACCCUCAAAUAGAAAAUGAUAUUGAGUUCAAAUAUAUAAAGGCUUUGUGAUUCCGGAAUGUUCCUGUGAAAGGGAUGGGUGGUGGACCCACCUCCAGGGCAAAAAGACAAGAUCAGAGGGAAAGAGGGGAGGGUUGUGGAGGUCUGCGACCCACCGAGGAGGCUAUGACGCAGGUAAUAUUGUUGUACGAGAAACAUAAAUUGUGUCUGUAGGUUGCAUGAAUCAAACACAACCUUCGUACCUGCAAGUGUAAAGAAACUAAUUUUGGUUCAAAACGCAUUCAAAAUGAUGCUGCUUACCAUCAUUUUGGUGUUGUCAGUGGCAAAUGGUGACACAUACCCUUCAAGGCAUUUUCAGUACUAUUUAGAAGAUGAAACUCCUGAAGAAACAUCACUCCGGGUGCUCAGGGGAACUGAUUCUCAUCCCACAGCUGAAUCUCCUUCUCCCAAGCUCUCGAUGCACUUCUCCAUGGGUGCAGGUCCUCAGCGAAACACAUGGUGGUGGUCUCCAGAAAGGCCUUACACGAAAAGAAGGCAGAAUGUUGCAUACUACAAUCUCAAUUCCUUUGGCCUCCGCUAUGGGAAGAGAGAACAGAACAUGCUUGCAGGGUUUAAACAGCACAUACCUGUAAAGUGAGGUCCAGUGGGGCUUUUUAACUAAUGUAUAUUGUUCUUUAGGGUUUUAUAUUAAUUAAAAAAUCUCUUUUCAUGCAUUCUUUGAGAUAAUCAUCUGAUUGCCAUAAGUGGAUGUACUAUAUAGGAUUGAUCUGUAGACAGAACAUUAAUGAAAAUUCGUAAUCUUUAGGAAAAAGCUGUAAUGAUAACUCUGAGGACACAUUUUGCUAGUAAUAAAAGAUAAUAUGUUAUUUAAUAUGACUGAA